AUGUAUUCCUUCCACAUCACCCACCAAGACGACGAAGCAGGAUCGGCUGGUCGAUCCAUGAUCCGACCAACACCAAUUUACUAUCAGAGGCAGACGGGUCUCAAUGCCGAUGAUAAAUUGGCGCUGGAUGGAGUCUUUGCCAUGCUCCAACCAACACCAAUUUAUCAUCGGCAACAAGCAACCGCUGAAUCUGAUGAUGAACCCGACCUUGAAGAUUCCACCCUGCUCCGACCAACACAUCAAAGUCAGAUAUGUCAGAUUCCCGUCGAUAGAUUGGCGUUGGCUCGAGGUAUGCUCAAACCAACACCAAUUCAUCAUUGGGAACAGGAAACAUCUGACUCUGAAGAUGAAUCCGACUUUGAUGAAGAGGUGACCUUGCUUCAACCAACCCCCAUUUACCAUCGCGAACAAGUUACAUCUGACUCUGAUGGUGAAUUCGACUUUGAGGACUUCCCCAUGCGUUUUUCUGACGACGGCGUGUACUCGGUAACACCAACGUUCUGGCACUAUCGUGAUGAAAUGGCCGUAAGGCGCCGUGUCGAAAGGACCAUGGAACUGAGCGUCGACAUGUACAGCCCCACCAUCGAGGGCAGGAACUGCGACUGGGCACUCAUUUUCCACGAUCCAUUCUUCGGGAAGGCUUUUCGCUUUCGCAUGGCAGGAGGACCACGCAUAGGCGAGCCUUGGAGGUUUGACUUUGAGUGUGGAUGGCCAAACCCCUUUCCCACACCAGCCAAACGCUACUUCAUCACAACAAUGCCAGAGCGUCAGUGUCACCGAAUACACGCCGCGGCCAGAAGAACGCACGGUAGGUUCUGCCAGCAAUGGGUUGUUGAUGCGCUUCGGGACUUGGAGUCGCAGAGUUUGGUGCCCCCAGAGGGCCUUACCGCUUAG